GGAAGCGGCGCCAUAUUGGCGUCGGCCGCGCUGUAUUGUCAUAAAUAGAGCCGGUUUUGUGGUGUUUUCACUACUCGGUUGGAUGCCUCGGCCGUAGUAAGUGAGAAAGUGAGCGAGCAAGCGAGCUACAAGCGACCGGGGGAAAGUCGACAAGAGGAGAAGGGAAGAGCAAGAACUUGGCUCCAGAGAGAAAGAUACUCGCCGGUGUGGGAGACGCAGGAAGCGAUGAAAGAGAUGUCUGCAAACACCAUGCUGGACAGCCAGCGUCAACAAAAGCAUUAUGGAAUCACUUCUCCAAUUAGUUUGGCAUGUCCUAAAGAAAUUGAUCAUAUUUACACACAGAAAUUAAUUGAUGCUAUGAAACCAUUUGGAGUGUUUGAAGAUGAGGAAGAAUUGAACCACAGGCUUGUUGUUCUUGGUAAAUUGAACAAUUUAGUAAAAGAAUGGAUUUCUGAUGUCAGUGAGAGUAAGAAUCUCCCACCUUCUGUUGUGGCUACUGUUGGUGGUAAAAUUUUCACGUUUGGCUCCUAUAGGCUUGGAGUACACACCAAAGGAGCUGACAUUGAUGCACUUUGUGUAGCUCCAAGACAUGUGGAGAGAUCUGAUUUUUUUCAGUCUUUUUUUGAAAAACUGAAACAUCAAGAUGGCAUUAGAAACUUAAGAGCUGUAGAAGAUGCCUUUGUACCUGUUAUAAAAUUUGAAUUUGAUGGAAUUGAAAUUGAUCUAGUCUUUGCAAGACUGGCAAUUCAAACCAUAUCAGAUAAUUUAGAUCUAAGAGACGACUCUCGACUGAGAAGCCUUGAUAUAAGGUGUAUUCGCAGCCUAAAUGGAUGUAGAGUUACUGAUGAAAUUUUGCAUUUAGUGCCAAAUAAAGAAACUUUUAGACUCACCCUGAGAGCAGUCAAAUUAUGGGCAAAACGACGUGGUAUUUAUUCCAACAUGCUGGGAUUCCUUGGUGGUGUCUCCUGGGCAAUGCUAGUUGCAAGAACUUGUCAAUUAUACCCAAAUGCAGCAGCUUCUACUUUAGUUCAUAAGUUCUUUUUAGUUUUUUCUAAGUGGGAAUGGCCAAAUCCUGUGCUGCUGAAGCAACCAGAAGAAAGCAAUUUAAAUUUGCCUGUUUGGGAUCCUCGGGUAAAUCCAUCAGAUAGGUAUCAUCUCAUGCCCAUAAUCACCCCUGCCUACCCACAGCAGAAUUCUACGUAUAAUGUGUCCACCUCAACUCGAACAGUAAUGGUAGAAGAAUUUAAACAAGGUCUUGCAGUCACAGAUGAAAUCCUUCAAGGGAAAUCAGACUGGUCCAAACUACUUGAGCCACCAAAUUUUUUUCAAAAGUAUAGACAUUAUAUAGUAUUGACUGCCAGUGCAUCAACAGAAGAAAACCAUCUAGAGUGGGUUGGAUUAGUGGAAUCUAAAAUUCGUGUGCUUGUUGGAAACUUGGAACGAAAUGAAUUUAUUACUCUUGCCCAUGUAAAUCCCCAGUCAUUCCCAGGAAAUAAGGAACAUCAUAAAGACAACAAUUACAUAUCAAUGUGGUUCCUUGGAAUAAUUUUUCGGAGAGUAGAAAAUGCAGAAAGUGUCAACAUAGACUUGACCUAUGAUAUACAGUCAUUUACUGAUACAGUGUACAGACAGGCAAAUAAUAUAAACAUGCUAAAGGAAGGAAUGAAAAUUGAAGCAACUCAUGUUAAAAAAAAGCAGCUUCAUCACUACCUUCCAGCAGAGAUUCUUCAAAAGAAGAAAAAGCAAAGUCUUUCUGAUGUUAGUCGAAGUUCAAGUGGACCACAAUCCAAAAGAUCAUCUCUAGAUAGCAAUUGUUUGGAUAGCUCCAGGGACACUGAUAAUGGAACACCUUUUAAUUCCCCAGUGUCUACAAACAAACCUUCCAAGCCUGACAUUCCUCCUUCAGGAGAAACAGAAAGGAGUAAUGCUGAGCCUGCUGCUGUCAUUGUGGAAAAGCCACUGAGUGUCCCCCCAGCACAAGGACUAUCUAUCCCAGUCAUUGGUGCAAAAGUUGAUUCUGCAGUAAAAGCUGUAUCACCCCCAGCUGUGUGCACCAUUCCUACUGUAGUGGGACGAAAUGUCAUUCCUAGAAUCCCGACACCCCACAACCCUGCCCAGGGACAACCACAUCUUAAUGGAAUGUCAGCUAAGAAUGUUACACACAAGAGAUCCCAUUCCCCAUCCAUAGAUGGGUCUUCUAAGAGGUUGAAAGAUAUAGAAAAGUUUAUUCGGCUUGAAUCAACGUUUAAGGAAUCACGUGCUCCUGAAGAUAGAAAAAGAAAAGCAAUGGAUGCCAUUGGAGGAGAAUGUAUGCCUAUUCCAACAAUUGAUACAUCUCGCAAAAAGAGACUACCCAGUAAAGAACUACCAGAUUCAUCAUCUCCGGUUCCAGCAAAUAACAUCCGAGUCAUCAAAAAUUCCAUUCGACUGACCCUUAAUCGAUGCCGUAGCAUUCUCUCAUUGAUUGCUACAUGCACUUCUGUGAGGAUCACCUGCUAUCAAAUUGUCAUCUACAAUAUUACGGCUUUGCGUUGGAGGUUUUACUGCCUUAACUUUCGAUGCUUGUUUCUCUGUUGUGGGAACCAGUUCUUGGCUCUUUGGACACGGAUAAAACAAGUCCUGAACUUUUUCUUUCUUUCUUUCUUUCUUUUUUUUUUUUUUUUUUAAGUCUUAUGUUAUAAUCAUUGUAUAGUACUGAAAAAGUUGAAAACAAAACAAAAAAAAUUGUCUUGUAAUUUUCCAAAUGUUAAUACAUUUACUUUAGCAUUGAAGCCACUUUGUGAAACCUGAGAUAAAUGAAUGUGAGGUAUCUUUUCUGCUUUUCUCGUUUGUGUAGAUGUACUUAUUGUCUAUUCUGUUGAUUUAAAUUAUUUUUUUUUCCAGAAUGGCACAUGGAAUAUUUAAAUUUCUAUUUUUUUUUUUUGUGCCUUUCUGUCCAAGUGUUGCAUAGUUACCAGGGAGGAUUAGUCCAGUGAUUACAUAAGAGUUGGGCACCAUAAAUUCUCUAUAUUUUGCCUCCCAUGGAGGCCUUUGAAAUGCAUCUUUAUAAAGAAUCAGAAUAUAACCAAGAUACUGAAAGUCAGUAUAUGAAUGGUAAAAUUGUUACAUAUCCUAGCUCAUGCCAUUCUUGUUAGUUGACUGGUAUUUUUUACUGAGGAGCAACUCAUUCCAGCACCAACAAUAAGAUACCUUGAAGUAUGGCAAGCUUGUAUUUUUAAGGUGUAAAAAUAACUUGGCAUGGUAAUUCUUGACCAUUACUUACCCCACAACUUCAAACAGUUUCUUCAUGGACUAGGCAUGCAGAAAUAAGCAGUGGAUUUUACUGAAACCUAAAGGCAUUUUUGAAUGACAUUGUUACCAACCAUUAAUUGGCUCAGGACCUUUGUAAUUUUUAUUUAACUAUAUGAGUUGUCUUUUUUUACACUGCUUUUUCAAUGCAUUUCUUAAUAUUUUUUAAGUUUCAUGAACGCAUGCUCAGUUUAUUAAAAUCCAUAACCAUGUAAUUCUUGUAAUAUGUUGAUUCAGUGUUUUGUAAAUGAAGUCGUAUGUAUUUUCAGAGUAUUUUUGUAUGUACUGUAAGAUACCAUCUUUUCAAAGAGAAAACUUUAAAACCUUUACUGUCUCUCUUUAGUCUAAUUUUUUAAAUAUGGAUUAUGCUUGAAUUAUUCUUAAAUGUAUAGAUUGCACAGCCAGGAAUGCUAGUAUUUAUUACCUUCUUCAGCUGUCACUCGGCAAUAAUAGGUUCUGGUAGGAAAGACACAAAAUGGUACAUUUGAAUAGUGCAGGGAAAUUACUUGGUUAUAUAUUUUAUAGGAUUUGUGGGACUCACUUAGCCCAAGGAGUAAUAAUCUGUAAUCUCUUGCAGGCCCCUUACCACUCAGUUGAAAUGCUUGGAAUUCUGAUAGAGCAAUAGCCUUCCCCCUUACCUGUUCCUGAUCCCUAGGUUGCUGAAAUGGAAAUUCUAGCUUUUAACUCUUAAAAGGAAAACUUAGAAGAGCAAGGAAGAAGUAAUGAUUGUUCCAUUAUUCACUUUUUACAUAGCAAAAGACAAGAAUGAAAUCCUGUAAGUCAAAAUGUAGCUCACUUGGAAAGCUCUUUUAGCUGACUCUUUUCCUCUAUUCAGAUAUUCUGAUAUUUAUUCCAUAAAUACUCCUUGAGCAAAAGUAAAUGGUUAUGAAAGGACUAAUAACUGCCACCUGACUUCAGACUUUGAAAAAUUCUUAAGAUUGGAGUAAAUUUUAUAUAUGUGAUAUGUUUGCAUUUCUGUGUUUAACAUCUACCUAUUUUCCCCUUUGAUUAUCAGUCUUCAGGGUCUCUAAGAAAUUCUCAUGU